AUGCGUCCUCGGCUCGCUGUUCGCCGGGCCAGGCUCACCCCGCGGCAAGCCCUCCGAUCGCAAACACCCUGCCUCCGAACAUUCACCUACUACACGCAGCUCACCACCAAGUCGAGGCCGAUCCUGCCCUUCCUCGCGAUCCCCGUAACCAACCACUCCGUGCGAUGCUUCACCACCGAGCGUCGACAAUGGCUCAAGCACGAGGCCAAGAUGGCGGUCCGGUACACCGUUUCGUUCUGGGGCAUCCUCACCUGCAUGGGUGUCAUCUACUUUUUCAUCAACGAGGAAUCGCUGGAGAGGGACUUCCCGACGCCCCACGAGUGGAGCUUUAUUACCAGGAAGCUGUUGAGGGACGCAAACAACGGCAAGGAUCCCAAAAACGGCGAGGUCAAUUGGGCCCAGGCCAUGGAGCUAUCUCGUGGCGGCGUUCUGCGUCUUGAAGACGCCAAGGUCGACGGGCAAGGCGUCACGAAGCUGUCCGAUAUUGUCGACCCGAGUGCCCAGUUUCCGGGCGAAUUCAACCCGUGCGAUAUCUCCGGGAAAAGCGAGGAGUGGAGGCGCGGUUAUUUCGAAGCCAUUAUGCUAGCCGCCAAGGCAUCAGAACACACAGAUGGCUGGGUACGAGACCUCACUCGCAAUGUGAUAUCGCCCCCGGAGUUUGUCAUUGGGCCUUCCAACCCGCGGCCGGUGCCGAUCCCACCGGGCCAGCCCCAUGCGCCCCGAGAGGAGGAUUGCGAAAUCGCUUAUCCGGGCGCCGAUAACUGGUAUAUGAAGAUCUUGGCCACCAAGGGCUUCACUGCGCGGCAAAAACUGGAGGCGGCAUUGGAGUACGCCAGCUUUAUGGAGUUCAAGCAGAGACCAGAAGGCCCGGACGCUCUGUACAACCUGGCGCUGGCCGAGGCCACCCAAGGCCUCGACAUGUCGAACCCACCUUACAACCCCAAGACCUUUAUCCUGAACGAAAAGGCCGGCCCCCCCUCGCUGAACCUCCUCGAUGCCAUCACCGCCAUUGCAACCCACAAGGCCCGCAACGGCGACCUCUCUGCCGCCCUCCCCAUCUAUCUCUCCCUACUCAAAGCCCGCCGCUUCCUCCCCAACGACCCCCCCAACCAAGCCCGCGCACCACCCCCCAGCGAAUCCCUCUGGAACCAAAUCAUCUCCGCCGUUUCCCAACCCGACUACCCGUCGCCUCCCCCCGACGGAACCAAAGCCCCCUGGCGCAGCCCCCAAGAGCGCUGCCAGGAGGCUUCCCUCAGCCUCUGGAUCGGCGAGAUCCUGUACGCAUCCUCGUCCCGCGAUGAUGGCCUAUCGUGGACCCGCGACAGCGUCGACAUAGCAGAGGAGCAGCUGCGCGCUCUCGGCCCCAUCACCGACGACAAGGCCUCCGUAAAGACAUGUCGCGAGUGCCUCACCGCGGGCCUCGAUAAUUGGGGUAAGAUGGUCGUCAAGCUCGCCAAGGAGGAGGAGAAGCUCCGUGAAAAGGCUGCGAACCGCUCUAGUGUCUUCUCUUUCUGGAGUGGAGCCCAAUCCGUCGAGGGCCGUUGGGAGGCGGAGGAUGCGGUCGUCAAGGAGCGCGUGCGGAGGACAAAGGAGUUGGUGGAAGAAGUGAGGAAAGAGAACCCUGGGUUGGCAGCUCUAUUUAAGGCGUAA